GUGUAAUUAUGGCAUUGGGUGCAAACAUGACCAUGUCAAAGCGUUCAGAAGAGACCACGAGAUAAACCUGUGCCAACAUGCAGCUCACGGAAAAUAAACAGAAGACUAAAAGAAAAGACGAGAAGAGGGAUCUGUGCUGUGCUUGGGAAUGUUCCGAUACAGAUGGCGGCAUCAGUGAUGAUAAUUCAUUUCACAGAUACCAGGAGGCCAAACAGAAGGCUAGGCAGAAAUGCAGUUACUUGGACGAGAGGAACAUCAUUUUGUCCCCUCAUUUAUUUGCUCAGCCCAGGUCAUGCGUAUCCGGAGCAAAUGAUGCAUCGGAUGAAGGAAACUCAAGAUGGAAAGCAUCUCAAAUCAGUAGUGCCCCCUCUAAAUCUGCCAACCCAGAUGUGAGCAUUACCACUGAGAGACCAAAUGCAUCGGACCCAAGCUUUGUACCCAUAAAUCCCAGCAUAUCUAGUGAUUCAAUGACCCAGAGACAAAAUACUGUCAGCGAGAACUCACUGCAAAUACAUAUUGUAGAGGUGAACAGCAUUCUGCCAAUGAUAGAGUGGAUUCCCGAAUCAUCUCAUGAGCAAAUGACAGAGGAAACAACAUCCUGGAGGUGUGAGGGAUUUGUCUCGGCGAAGCAUGAAACAAGGAGUCCCGAAGCUCUUUGGAAAAAGGCAUCUGGACAGAAAAUCGAAUGGUGCCGUGAGCGCCUGGCUAAGGCGGCCCACCUCGGGUCAUCACCUACUGCAGCCAGACCCAGAGUGGUGAUCCGAAGACUGGCACGAGGAAGAGGUCACAGAGGGACAAGCAGCCAUAAGGAGCAGAAGCUCAAACCGUUGGUGAAUCACAAAGACUUGCACAAUAGCUACUACAGUCAUUCAACACUAAAGAAUCGCUAUGGAUGUCUCUGUAGCCCUGUCCAGCCACGGUUGAGACACAGUACAGACCAGCGAGACGCCGCACAGACCCUGGACAUGAAACAACAAUGCCAGGAGAGAGAGUUUUCAAAUGCGACUGGGGACAUACGGUGUCACUCAGGAUGCCCGAAGGACGCCGAAUCCCCAACGACUCCGCACCAUGUCACUCUCUCUCAUAUUUUACAGGUUCUCCAGAGCAAACCAGCCAAUUUUCCUGAGGUCAGGGGCCAGAGAUGCCACAGGGCUCUUUAAACGCAUUCAAUAUUAGACGUCCGACGUUUUAUACCCCGUAAAGUGCUUGUCAAAGAAAACACCACAGCUUUAGAAUAUAUUUUUUUAUUCAAACUUUAAAUUUCAUCGUCUCUACAGUGUAAAAGGUCAUGAAUUCAAAGCCCUAAAAGGACUCAGAGAUGGAUUCACAUCGACUUGGUAGGAAAUCCAUCUGUAGUAUCCAAAUAAACCAUUUAGUAGUGAUUCUCAAGGUGGGAUGGCAGAAGAAAAUAUAGCAAUCAGAAGUUAAAAAAGCUUUUUGAGGUCGAAAGAACAUCUUUUAACAACCGAAAGCAAGCUAGAAAACAGAACGUAAAUAUAAACACGAUUAAAAAACAUCUAUUUGGUACACAGUAAACCAGUGUGAUACUACAGCUAAGAUUCAAAGAAUAUCAAUGAUUAAUACAGUACAAUAUGUACUU